UCAAGGAGCAGGAGGGGCUUUUCUAAUAUUUAAUCUAUUAAGUGCCAAUGUAUGUGAACUUUAAGCACCGGACACUGGCUGAGAAGGUUUCACCGUUUCCGCUGGACUAUAACCUAGAUUGUUUGCCACUGUUUUAACUGAGGAUAAUAGUUGGAGCAGGAAGAAAAGGCUGCAGUCACUUUUCUUCUUAGCAGAGUCUCCGUGCGUGCAGCCCCCGCUCUGUGCCACAUUCACCACGGAGACAAUCUCACCUAAAACAUGUCCACCAAAUUGUUCCUCUACUUCUUACUUCUGUCAUGUUCAUGUUCUCAAACAGUCGCUUCUGAGUAUGAUGAUUACGACGACGUUACUGUGAAUCAAAUGUUGGCCCCCAAAACUCAUGAGACAGACGCAACGCAAAUACUAAACAACUUACUAAAGGAGUACGACAAAAAACUUCGCCCGGAUAUUGGAGUUAAACCGACAGUCAUUGAUGUUGAUAUCUUCGUAAAUAGCAUUGGACCUGUGUCAUCAAUAAAUAUGGAGUACCAGAUUGACAUCAUUUUUGCCCAGACAUGGACCGACAGCCGACUCAGAUAUAAUAGCACAAUGAAAAUAUUGACUUUGAACAGUAAUAUGGUUGGACUCAUUUGGCUACCCGACACAAUAUUCAGAAAUUCCAAGAAUGCAGACUCACAUUGGAUUACUACACCCAAUCAGCUACUUAGAAUAUGGAAUGAUGGAAAAAUACUUUACACUCUAAGAUUGACCAUAAAUGCAGAGUGCCAGCUUCAACUUCAUAACUUUCCUAUGGAUGAGCACUCCUGCCCCCUCAUCUUCUCCAGCUAUGGAUACCCACGAGAUGAAAUGAUUUACAAGUGGAGAAAGAACUCUGUGGAGGCUGCUGAUCAGAAGUUAUGGAGACUUUAUCAGUUUGACUUCAUGGGCUUGAGGAACACCACAGACAUAAUUAAGACAACAGCAGGUGACUAUGUGGUGAUGACUGUAUAUUUUGACCUAAGCAGACGAAUGGGAUACUUCACAAUUCAGACCUAUAUCCCCUGCAUACUAACUGUCGUUCUGUCUUGGGUCUCCUUUUGGAUAAAAAAAGAUGCAACUCCAGCCAGAACAGCACUAGUUUCCUGGUUUAAAUCCAUGUCCUGUCCUGGUUAUUGUCACUAUUGUAAGGGAAUAACAACAGUAUUAACCAUGACAACGCUCAGCACAGUGGCAAGGACAUCACUACCCAGAGUGUCUUAUGUCACAGCAAUGGACCUUUUCGUCACUGUGUGUUUCCUGUUUGUUUUUGCGGCUCUCAUGGAGUAUGCCACACUCAAUUAUUACUCCUACAGUGCUCGCAGAUCAACCUGCAACAAGACAAAAAGAUCGAACUACUCCGUGCUGGAUGUGGGGCCUCCUCCCACAGUCAUUACCCUCAACAACUCCAUGUACUGGCAGGAGUUUGAUGAUGCCUGCGUAUAUGAGUGCCUGGAUGGAAAAGACUGCCAAAGUUUCUUCUGCUGCUACGAAGAGUGCAAAGAUGGAUCGUGGCGAAAGGGCCGUGCGCAUAUAGACAUUUUGGAACUAGAUGCAUACUCUCGUGUCUUCUUUCCCACCUCAUUCCUGUUGUUCAACAUCGUCUACUGGGUAGGCUACUUGUAUCUUUAGCGUUCCCA